AGAGCGCGUUACAGGGCAUUGAGAGGGCGGCCAUAAAGUGCGUGUGUUUACUCGCAACCUUCGAAGAAUAAUCAGUGUUUCCCGGAGGUGCAAGUACAAUUUUCCCGAGGAAAAUGUCCUACCAGAACUCCCCCUACUACUCUGCAAACACCAACGAGGACUUUGAGUACGAAUACGAUCCGUCGUAUGAUUUCAUUGACCAGGAGAAUGACAGUGAAGAAGGUGAUACAUUCUCUGGCACUUUUCCCCCAAUUUCCACCCAUCUGGGCCAAUAUUUCCGCAAUUUUCUAGACACUGAGGAGGCCAGUGAGACAGAUCUAGCCCCACACCAGCGGAACCAGGAUGAACCCGUGGAAAUCAAGGAGCAGAUGUACCAAGACAAGCUGUCGAAUCUUAAGAAGCAGCUGGAGGAGCUGAAGAACGGCUCACACGCGGAACUGGUGAGGCGCGUGAAGAAGCUCGAGUAUCAGUACAAAGAGCGCCUCCGCCUCAAUGAGAUUUAUCGGGACUACCUGGUGGAGUGCGUGGAGAGAGACUACAUCCUGGAGAAGAAGGCGGCGGUGAAGGAGUUCGAGGAGAAGAAGACAGAUCUCAAGGAGAAUCUCCUCACAGACUUCGAGGACAGGCGGAAGAUGAUUGAAUCUGAGCACAACAGCAUGGAACUUACCAGUGACUCGAUGGAGGUGAAGCCUACAGUUACGAGGAAGCUGCGAAGGAGGCCCAACGAGCCUAUUCCCGUGGUGGAGAAGCGCCGGAAGCCCACAAAUGGUCAACUUGUGCUAUUGCUGGACGAAAAGGAUGUGGAGAACGAUUUGAAGUUGAUCAGUCGUGGCAAGGCGAUGACACCAAUGAGGCCACCGUCUCUGCCCAAUAAUGGCAUCCCCACGAGUCCUGCCGCGAUUCCUGCAUCGCAUCACGAGACUCCGCCAGUUGUCGAGGCGAAGAUUGAGGAUGGGAAGCUCCUCUAUGAACGCCGGUGGUUUCAUCGCGGCCAGCCGGUGUUCGUCGAGGGGAAAGACUUCCACAGGUUCCCAGCCACAAUCUCAGCCAUCGGGAAUGACACGAUCUGCGUGAAGAAGCUGACGGAUGCUGGCAGUAAAUUCAAGAUCAACACAUCUCAUCUGAGUCAGGGGAAGGUGUCUAUCAAGAGGAGAGCCAAUUGAGGCCGAUUUUCCAGGGAGUUUUCCAGACACACGGAGUCACAGCGUCGCAGCAGGAGAGCUCCUUUGUAGGAUAGUACAAUCAUUCUCAAUAUGACAUGUAUGGCAGGGAGGAGAGAACAUUAAACAUUUGGGCAAUGUAGAGCCCUAAACUCUAUGGAAA